UGACGUCGUAUUGAAGCGCCUCAACCAAUCGACUUCGGAGCGGCGGAAUCCCAAUGAGCUGCUGUCUGGCUGGAGGGUUACCUUAGGGCAGAGGCGGCUCUGUGGACUCGAAGGGGCGAAAUGGGAGUGAAGCUGGAGGUGUUUCGGAUGACACUCUAUCUCACGUUCCCCGUGGCUAUGUUCUGGGUUGCCAAUCAGGCCGACUGGUUUGAGGACUAUGUCAUACAGCGCAAGAGGGAGCUGUGGCCACCUGAGAAGGAGGACCAGCGCCAAGAGCUAGAAGAAUUCAAAGAGCGGAUACGGAAGCAACGGGAGGAGAAACUCCUUCGAGCUGCGCAGCAGAGCCCCUGAGGCCUCCGCGUCCUAGCCCUGCUACCCGUGAACUAAUACACGCGCAGUUCCCGUUGCUG